AUGCCACGUGUCACUAAGAAGAACACCACCGGAUGGGGCAAGCCCGUUGAACUAGGUCCAAUUGUCAUCGGACCUGGAAAGCGAGCCAAGACGGAAGCAGAGAAGGAGCAGCGCAAGAAGGAACGCGUCCUGCGAAACCGAAGAGCUGCCCAAAAAUCCAGGGAGAAGAAGAAUACAGAGGUCGAGGCACUUCGCCUAGAGAACGAACGCCUGCGCACUGAGCUCAGGCGCUAUCGGGCCUCGUAUGGAAUCCUCAAGCCAGCCGACGACGGAUAUUCUUUCCAGAUGUCGGUGGAUCCAGUGGCCUACUCGACGGCAUCGUCCUCAUACAUGGAGGACAACGAACGAAACAUGCCACACGAAUCGUCCUCCUCGGGCAUGAAUUCGACCAAUGAUUCAACGGAGACCCCUCCAUUCCUAUCACCAGACGCUCCCACCCCAAUGGAGUUUAAUGACGAUGAACAUCCAACCCCAGAUCUCGAUCCAACGACACCCGACGACGACGACGACACUCCUCCAACCCCGUUUCCCGACCCCUCUGAGCCACUCCAAUCAGCAGAAUUGGAUCGCCAGCAGAGCAGCUCAGAGGGCGUCACCAAGUCCCAUCAACGUCCGCGAUAUCAGCCGAACAUGUUUCAGGCACAGUUGCGGCAAUUGCCGGCGUCCAACUUGGACACGGACUUCCAGAUGCACGUGUCGGAAGCACCGGGACCCAUGGUCAGUUUGAGGAAUCCUUCGGAGGAUCCCAAUCUUGGAGAGCCUUGGACUCAGGAUACGGUGAAUCCAUUGUCCCCGGAAGACAGGACGAUUACCUUCCCAUGGGACUCAUAG